AUGUCUUCCGAAAGCUACUAUAUCGGCGUCGAUGUUGGGACAGGAUCUGUUCGUGCGGGUCUUGUCAAGCAAGAUGGCACGCUCGUCGCAUCCUCCACUGAAGCCACUAUAACAUACCGCGAUUCCAAUGAUCACCGUAUCUUCGAGCAAUCGACCAACAACAUCUGGGAGGGCAUGUGCAAGACCAUCAAGGCCGUGCUUGCGGAGGCGAAGGUUGCACCAUCGGCCGUAAAGGGAGUUGGCUUCGAUGCGACAUGCUCGCUCGCCGUAACCGACACGAACGGUGACCCAGUGGUCGUCACAAGAGGAGAUCAGCUUGGGGAGAUCGGCGACCGCAACAUCAUUCUCUGGGCAGACCACCGUGCAGAGAGGGAAGCCGAACUCAUAAAUAGCAGCGGAUCAGUAGUGCUCGACUACGUCGGUGGUACCAUGAGUUUGGAGAUGGAGAUCCCCAAGACGCUUUGGCUCAAAAAGCACAUGGCUGCCGAGCGUUUCGCGCGCUGCCAGUUCUUCGAUCUCCCCGACUUCUUGACUUACCGUGCAACCGGCGACAACACUCGCUCGUGCUGUUCGCUCACUUGUAAAUGCUCUUUUGUGCCUACAAAGGCCGGGUGGCAGGCAGAUUUCUUCAAGAAGAUCGGCCUCGAGGAGUUUGCGCAGAACAACUACAAACAGUUGGGUGGCGCAGACAAAGUCCUCACCGCAGGCGUCCCAAUAGGGAAUGGCUUGUCGAAGAAGGCGGCUGCAGAACUAGGUCUACUAGAGGGAACACCCGUAGGAAGCGGUGUUAUCGAUGCUUACGCAGGCUGGCUGGGGACUGUCGCUGCACGUUACAAGGAGAAUGGCAAGCUGGUUGAGAAGAUACCAUCGAUUGACGAGUCGCGGCAUCGUCUAGCGGCCUGCGCUGGUACCAGUACAUGCCACAUCGUUCAGAGCAAGGAGGGCAUCUUCGUAAAAGGCGUAUGGGGCCCAUACAAAGAUGCCGUCUUCCCGGGAUGGUGGAUGAAUGAAGGUGGCCAGUCAUCCACAGGGCAGCUCAUCGACUUCAUGAUCACGACACACCCCGCAUACCCGAAGCUUAAGGAGCUCGCUGAACAGCGCAAGACCAAUAUCCACGAGGUCUUGCAGGACGAGCUCAACAAGCUCUGCAAAGAGAACAAGGCAGCGAACUGGACCGAGCUCACCAAAGAUAUGCACUUCUACCCCGACCUGCACGGGAAUCGCUCUCCCAUCGCUGAUCCCAUCAUGCGCGGCAUGCUCAUGGGUCUUGCUCUCGACGACGGCCUCAGCGACCUCGCCCGCAAGUUUAAUCUCACGCUGGAGGCGAUCGCGCUGCAAACACGGCACAUUGUAGACUCGAUGAACGCGGCAGGCCACGACAUCACGGCAAUCUAUAUGUCGGGCGGGCAGGCCAAGAACCUGAUGCUGAUGCAGCUCUUCGCCAACACGUGCAAUAUGCCUGUAGUUCUGCCCCAGAGCAGCGGCGCGGCUGUUGUGCUCGGUGCCGCCAUGCUCGGCCGCUUCGCGGCAGAUAUCGGGCGCGAGGGGAAGCUGAACGAGGUGCAACAGGGAGAAGCGCUGUGGAAGAUCAUGGUCGAGAUGACACCACCAGGCACCUUAAUUGCACCCUCUGCGAGCCCCAGCGAAAAGAAACUGCUUGAGGCGAAGUACAAGAUCUUCCGCGAGUCCAUCGACAUCCAAUACAGGUGGCGAAAGGAGAUUGCCGAAGCGUCGCAAUGA